CUAAAGAUAAGAGCGCGCGUACAUAGACACGUAAGUGACGUAGUUAAUCACAAACGGUGACGAUAACGAACAAUCGAUUACACUUUGUUUACAAAUACCGCAUUUAUCACAUACAUAUACAAACAAUUUUACUAACAAAAUGGAAGGUAUAUUGGAGAAAAUCAGUACCCAAUUAGAUGAGUUAAAUAAAAGAACGGGGCGCAUCGAGGGUAAGAUGGAUGAGUGUCAACGCCAGCUUGUAGAAAUAAAAAAGGAAAACGCGAAUCUCAAACAAGAAAAUGAGCAGCUCAAACGAAUCCUAAAGCAGCAAAGUUCAAGAAUGGACUACCUUGAGAAAGAAAGUAAAAGAAAUAAUUUGGUGGUGUAUGGAAUAUCCGAAAAGGAAAAUGAGACCGUUUGCAACUAAAAGAAACAACGCAGAAAAUUUUAAGAGACAUCGAUAUGAAUACUACGACGGGAGAGACAGAAAUACAACAAGUCUAUAGAAUAGGGGCAAAACAUCUGAAUAAAGUUAGGCCAGUAUUCAUCAAACUGGCCCAGUACGAAACCAAAAUAGAAGUACUGAAAAAGGCGAAAAACCUAAAAGGUACAAACAUAUACAUACACGAAGAUUUUCCAAAACACGUAUUAGAGGAGAGGAAAGUAUUAGCAACCCAUUUAAGAACAGCAAGAGAGUCCGGUCAUCGCGCAUACCUGAAAUACAACAAGCUCAUUGUCAACGGAGAGGAGUAUGGCGUAGAAGACAUCACAAGCGCAGAUGAGCAAGAGGACGAAGUUAACGAAGUACGGAAAAAACCAAGAACGAGAACCAUUAGUCAAAGGUCACCCCAACCCACGUAUUCCAAGAAGGCGUCUAGUAUGGGUUGCUUACCAAAAAACUAACAGGCAUACAACAGAUCAGAACAAAGACGACGACAAAUGCGUGGAAAAGGACAGCAAAAGAAACAACACAGAACCAUACAAAAUCGGAAAUAUGGAAACUUGGUACUUGGAACAUACGAGCAAUUAAUGGAAAAGAGCACGAGCUAAUUGAAGAAUUUGAGAAGGCGGAGUUAGAUGUACUGGCAGUGUCCGAAACAAAAAAGAAGGGACAAGGAGUCGUAGAAAUGAAAAAUGGGCACAUGCUAAUCUAUAGCGGAGUGGAAGAAAGUACGCGAGCCAAGGGAGGAGUGGGAUGCAUAUUACACAGAAAUUUGACGAAAUUAGUACACAGAUGGGAAGGGUGGUCUGAAAGAAUAUUGGAAAUCGAGCUGAAAGACCAGAAAGGGCCAAUAACCACAAUCAUCAGUGUAUAUGGUCCGAAUGAAGACGAGAAAGCUGAAAAGAAAGAUGAGUUCUGGGAAGAAUUAAACAAAGUAACGGAAAAUGCUAGAGGGAAGCUGUAUAUAGCUGGCGACUUCAACAGUAGGGUAGGCAAGAAAGACAGCAAAUACAAAACGGUACUAGGGGAACAUGGAGAAGAAAUACGAAACAAUAACGGCAAUAGACUAUUAGACUUUUGCACUUACAAUGGGCUAAUUAUUACAAACUCGUUUUUCAAACAUCGCGACAUUCACAAAUUCACUAGAGUGCAGAGAACAAGGCAAGAAGAGUCCAUCAUUGAUUACAUACUAGCAGAAAUAGACAACAGAAGAAACAUAAACGACACAAGAGUUUCGAGAAGAGCAGAAAUAAAUAGUGACCACUAUUUGGUAGUAUCCAAGAUAAAAGGAAAGAUCGGAGCAAAACAGGGAGAAGGAGGGAGGAAACAAGAAAUACCAGUAGCAGAAACAAUUAAAUCGUACAAACUAAAAGAACAAAGGUUUGCAGAAGAAUUCACUAGGCUACUAGAAGCUGAAAUAGAAAGACAAAGUUGCGGGUCUGUGGAUAGCAGGGUUGAAGGGAUGUGGACAACCUUCAAAUGCUUGGUGCUAAGGAUAGCAAAGCAGGUAUGCGGAACUUGUAGAACAGUUAAGAACAAGAAACAGACAGCUUGGUGGAAUGAAGAAAGAAAGGAACAAGUAAGAAACAAGAAAAGAAAAUGGAAAAAAUAUUUGAGUACCAGAACUAUCGCGGAUUACAUGGAAUAUAAACAACAACGUGAAAGAGUCAAAAGAUUAGUCAUAGAUGCUAAACAGAGAGCUUGGACGGAUUUUGGUGAGAAAAUAGAGGAAGAAAGUAAAGGCAAUCAGAAACUCUUUUUUAAGAUGAUCAAAACGUUAAGAAAAGGAAAAACCAGAAAUACAGUAUCAAUUAGAAGCAGAGAAGGAGAGAUAUUAACAACAGACGAAAACAUAAUGAACAGAUGGAAAGAAUAUUUUCAAGAAUUGUUAGAAGAGGCACAAGAAGACUCCGAAGAAUUUCCAAGGGCAGUAGGAGAACAGGAUGAAGAGGAAAAUCUUAUCACACUAAACGAAAUGAUGGAGGCGAUACGCAAAAUAAAACUAGGAAAGGCACCUGGACAUGACAAGAUAACGGGAGAUAUGUUAAAAAACUUAGGAGUAAAAGGCAGACAAAUGCUGUUGGAUAUAUUUAAUAAAGCGUUCAACGAAGAAACGGUACCAACAGAUUGGGACGAGGGAUUAGUAGUACCAAUAUUUAAGAAAGGAGACCCACACGACUGCGGCAAUUACCGGGAGAGAAGGUUAAGAACGAUAAUCGAAACAACUCUAAGCGAGCCACAAAACGGAUUCAGACCAGGCCGAAGUGUCCAAGACCACAUAUUCACCAUAAAGCAAAUUAUUCAAAAGACGGCACAAAAGAAAAGUAAUGCAUGUUUCGCCUUCAUAGACUUAGAAAAAGCGUUUGAUAAGGUGCCUCGCAAGAAACAAGAAAGAAGUAUCCAGGAAAACAAAGAUGAUGGUGUACAAGGUAAUAUUAGACCAAUUCUGACGUAUGGCAGCGAAUCAUGGACGUUAGGGAGAAAAGAACUAGGUAAAAUACAGACAAUCGACAUGAAAUAUCUGCGAAGAGUGAAGGGAAUCACAAGAAGAGACCACAUACGGAAUGAAGAUGUAAGAAAAGAGUUGCAAGUACAGCCGAUAACAGAAUUCAUAGUGAGCAAACAGUUGAGUUGGUGGGGCCACCUGCAGAGAAUGAGCGAUGGGAGACAAGUUAAGCAAAUAUGGGAAGCGAAAAUCCAACACAAGAGAGGAAGAGGUCGACCAAGGCAGACGUGGGAAGAUACGGUUGGAAAGACAUUAAAGAAAAGAGGAAAAUCCUGGACCGAGAAACCUGGCAAGAGACAGAAAGGAGUGGACAAGAUUCGUACAUGA